CCUCAACCUCAGCAAUCAAACGUCUGGAGCGAAGUCAGUGGACAGAUAAGAUGGAUCUGCGGUUCGGCUUUGAAAGACUGAAGGAGCCUGGGGAGAAGACAGGCUGGCUCAUCAACAUGCAUCCUACUGAAGUGUUAGAUGAAGACAAGCGCCUCGUCAGUGCAGUAGAUUACUACUUUAUUCAAGACGAUGGAAGCAGAUUUAAGGUGGCAUUACCCUACAAGCCAUAUUUCUACAUUGCAACUAGGAAGGGUUGUGAACGAGAAGUUUCAUCUUUUCUCUCCAAGAAGUUUCAGGGUAAAAUUGCUAAAGUGGAGACUGUCCCCAAAGAAGAUCUGGACUUGCCAAAUCACUUGGUGGGCUUGAAGCGGAAUUACAUAAAGCUGUCUUUCAACACGGUGGAGGACCUGGUGAAAGUGAGGAAGGAGAUCUCCCCUGCGGUGCGGAAGAACCGAGAGCGAGAACACGCCAACGACACCUACACGUCUAUGCUCUCCAGUGUUCUGCAAGGGGGUGGAGUAAUUAACGAUGAAGAGGAAGCCUCUAAAAAGAUAGCUGACCAGAUGGACAACAUCGUAGACAUGCGGGAGUACGACGUCCCGUACCACAUCCGCCUCUCCAUCGACCUGAAGAUCCAUGUGGCUCACUGGUACAACAUCAGAUACCGGGGUAGUGCCUCUCCUGUGGAAAUCACCCGCCGAGAUGACCUCGUUGAACGGCCUGACCCUGUUGUUUUGGCAUUUGACAUUGAAACUACCAAAUUACCCCUCAAGUUCCCUGAUGCUGAGACUGACCAGAUUAUGAUGAUUUCAUACAUGAUCGACGGGCAGGGCUACCUGAUCACCAACCGGGAGAUUGUGUCAGAAGAUAUCGACGACUUUGAGUUCACCCCCAAGCCAGAGUAUGAAGGACCAUUCUGUGUCUUCAAUGAGCCCGAUGAGGUUCAUCUCAUCCAGAGGUGGUUUGAGCAUGUGCAGGAGACCAAGCCCACUAUCAUGGUGACCUACAACGGAGACUUCUUUGACUGGCCAUUUGUGGAAGCCCGAGCGAGCGUGCAUGGCCUGAGCAUGUACCAGGAGAUAGGGUUCCAGAAGGACGGCCAGGGGGAGUACAAGGCCCCCCAGUGCAUCCACAUGGACUGCCUCCGGUGGGUGAAGAGAGACAGCUACCUCCCUGUGGGCAGUCACAACCUCAAGGCGGCUGCCAAAGCUAAGCUGGGCUAUGACCCUGUGGAGCUGGACCCCGAGGACAUGUGCCGCAUGGCCACCGAGCAGCCCCAGACCCUGGCCACAUACUCCGUGUCAGACGCCGUGGCCACGUACUACAUGUACAUGAAAUACGUGCACCCCUUCAUCUUUGCACUGUGUACCAUCAUCCCCAUGGAGCCUGAUGAGGUGCUGCGGAAGGGUUCCGGAACUCUCUGUGAAGCCUUGCUGAUGGUGCAGGCUUUCCAUGCCAACAUCGUCUUCCCCAACAAGCAAGAACAGGAGUUCAACAAGCUGACGGAUGACGGCCAUGUGCUGGACGCCGAGACCUACGUGGGUGGCCACGUGGAGGCCCUGGAAUCAGGAGUGUUCCGCAGUGACAUCCCCUGUCGCUUCAGGAUGAACCCUGUGGCCUUCGACUUCCUGCUGCAGCGGGUUGAGAAGACCCUGCGCCAUGCUGUUGAAGAAGAGGAGAAGGUGCCCAUCGAGCAGGUCACCAACUUCCAAGAGGUGUGCGAUCAGAUUAAGAGCAGACUCAUCUCCCUGAAGGAUGUCCCUAAUCGAAUCGAGUGCCCCCUGAUCUACCACCUGGAUGUGGGAGCCAUGUACCCCAACAUCAUCCUCACCAACCGCCUGCAGCCCUCCGCCAUGGUGGACGAGGCCACCUGUGCCGCCUGUGACUUUAACAAGCCUGGAGCCAACUGUCAGAGGAAGAUGGCUUGGCAGUGGAGGGGCGAGUUCAUGCCAGCCAGCCGCAGCGAGUACCACCGCAUCCAGCACCAGCUGGAGUCGGAGAAGUUCCCUCCCCUGUUCCCAGAGGGCCCGGCCCGCGCCUUUCACGAGCUGUCCCGGGAGGAGCAGGCCAAGUAUGAGAAGCGGAGGCUGGCAGACUACUGCCGAAAAGCAUAUAAGAAGCUCCACGUGACCCGGGUGGAGCAGCGCCUCACCACCAUCUGCCAGCGGGAGAAUUCUUUCUAUGUGGACACGGUCCGCGCCUUCCGGGACCGGCGUUAUGAGUUCAAGGGGCUGCACAAGGUGUGGAAGAAGAAAUUGUCCGCAGCCGUGGAGGCGGGCGACGCAGCUGAAGUGAAGCGCUGCAAGAACAUGGAGAUCCUGUACGACUCCCUGCAGCUGGCCCACAAGUGCAUCCUCAACUCCUUCUACGGCUACGUCAUGCGCAAGGGGGCACGUUGGUACUCCAUGGAGAUGGCUGGCAUCGUCUGCUUCACGGGGGCCAACAUCAUCACGCAAGCCCGGGAGCUCAUCGAGCAGAUCGGGCGGCCCUUAGAGCUGGACACAGAUGGGAUAUGGUGCGUCCUGCCCAACAGCUUCCCUGAAAACUUUGUCGUCAAGACAACCAAUGUGAAGAAGCCCAAGGUGACCAUCUCCUACCCAGGGGCCAUGCUGAACAUCAUGGUCAAGGAGGGCUUCACCAACCACCAGUACCAGGAGCUGGCUGAGCCCUCCUCACUCACCUACGUCACCCGCUCUGAGAACAGCAUCUUCUUUGAAGUCGAUGGGCCUUACCUUGCCAUGAUCCUGCCGGCCUCCAAGGAAGAAGGCAAGAAACUGAAGAAGAGAUACGCUGUGUUCAACGAGGACGGUUCCCUGGCCGAGCUCAAGGGCUUCGAGGUCAAGCGGCGGGGGGAACUGCAGCUGAUCAAGAUCUUCCAGUCCUCGGUGUUCGAGGCUUUCCUCAAAGGCAGCACGCUGGAGGAGGUGUAUGGCUCCGUGGCCAAGGUGGCCGACUACUGGCUGGACGUGCUAUACAGCAAGGCGGCCAACAUGCCAGACUCGGAACUGUUUGAGCUCAUCUCAGAGAACCGCUCCAUGUCUCGGAAGCUGGAGGACUACGGGGAGCAGAAGUCGACCUCCAUCAGCACCGCCAAACGCCUGGCUGAGUUCCUGGGCGACCAGAUGGUCAAGGAUGCAGGGCUGAGCUGCCGAUACAUCAUCUCCCGCAAGCCCGAGGGCUCACCUGUCACGGAGAGGGCCAUCCCACUGGCCAUCUUCCAGGCAGAGCCAAUGGUGAGGAAGCACUUUCUCCGGAAGUGGCUCAAGAGCUCGUCCUUGCAGGAGUUUGAUAUCCGGACGAUCCUGGACUGGGACUACUACAUUGAGCGGCUGGGGAGCGCCAUCCAGAAGAUCAUCACCAUCCCCGCAGCCCUGCAGCAGGUGAAAAACCCGGUGCCCAGAGUCAGACACCCCGACUGGCUGCAUAAAAAGCUGCUGGAGAAGAACGACGCCUACAAGCAGAAGAAGAUCAGCGAGUUGUUUGUCGUCGAGGGCAAGAGACAGGUUGUGAUGAACCAGGCUCCCGAGGGUAGCCCGAGCCCCAGGGCCCCCGACAUGGAGGACAUCGGCCUUGCAAAGCCCCCACGCGUAGCAGUUCCUGUGGUCACUAAGAGGAAGCGGGUCCUCUUGGAGGAGAGCCAGGAGGAGUCUCAGGAGCUGACGGUGUCCUGGCAGGAGGUCUUGGGGCAGCCCCCCCCACUGGGCACCACCCAGGAAGAGUUUCUGGUGUGGCUUCGCUUCCACAAGAAGAAGUGGCAGCUGCAGGCCCGGCAGCGCCUGGCGCGCAGGAAGAGACAGCGUCACGAGUGCACGGAGGACACACUGCGGGCUGGGGUGCGCCGAGAGGGGCCUGCCAUGGGGCUGGGGAGCUUCCUGCAGCGGACCGCCCGCAGCAUCCUGGACCUCCCCUGGCAGAUAGUGCAGAUCUGCGAGACCAGCCAGCCGGGCCUGUUCAGGCUGUGGGCCGUCAUUGGCAGCGACCUGCACUGCAUCAAGCUGAGCAUUCCUCGAGUGUUCUACGUGAACAAGCAGGUGGCAAAGGCAGAGGAAGGGCCCUCUUGUCGUAAGGUGAACCGGGUGCUGCCUCGAGCCACUGUGGUCCACAACUUGUACGAGUACUCGGUGCCUGAGGACAUGUACCAGGAGCACAUCAACAAGAUCAACACAGAGCUGUCCGCUCCUGACGUCGAGGGCGUCUACGAGACUCAGGUGCCGCUGCUGUUCCGGGCCCUUGUGCAGCUCGGCUGCUUGUGUGUGGUCAACAAGCAGUUGGUGAGGCACCUCUCUGGCCUGGAAGUAAACACCUUUGCCCUGGAGCACCUGGAGAUGCGUUCUCUGGCCCAGUUCAGCUACCUGGAGCCAGGAAGCAUCCGCCACCUCUACCUGUAUCACCACCUGCAAGGCCACAAGGCGCUCUUUGGGGUCUUCUUCCCCACGCAGCGCAGGGCCUCUGUGUUUGUGCUGGACACGGUCCGCAGCAACCAGAUGCCCAGCCUUGGCACCAUGUACUCCUCAGCGCACGGGCUCCUCCUGGAGCAGCUGGGCCCCGACUUCCUGCCUCCCCCCAAGCAUACCUUUGAGGUUCGAGCAGAGACAGACCUGAAGACCAUCUGCAGAGCCAUCCAGCGCCUCCUGCUGGCGUACAAAGAGGAGCGCCGGGGGCCCACUCUGAUCGCUGUGCAGUCCAGCUGGGAGCUGAGGCAGUUGGUGGGCGAGGUCCCGGUGCUGGAGGAGUUUCCCCUGGUGCCGGUGCGGGUGGCCGAGAAGGUCAGCUACGCGGUCCUGGACUGGCAGCGCCAAGGGGCACGGCACAUGAUCCGACAUUACCUCCACCUGGACACCUGCCUGUCCCAGGCCUUUGAGAUGAGCAGGUAUUUCCAUAUUCCUGUGGGGAACCUGCCAGAGGACAUCUCCACCUUCGGCUCCGACCUCUUCUUUGCUCGCCACCUCCAGCGCCACAGCCACCUCCUGUGGCUGUCCCCCACAUCCCGGCCUGACCUGGGCGGCAGGGAGGCAGAUAACAGCCGCUUGGUCAUGGAGCUGGACGACCGCACCAUGGUGGAGAUCAACAGCUCGGGCUGCUACUCCACAGUGUGCGUCGAGCUGGACCUCCAGAACCUCGCUGUCAACACCGUGCUGCAGUCACACCGUGUCAACGACAUGGAGGGGGCGGCCAGUGUGGGCAUCAGCUUUGACGCCAUCCCGCAGGCCUCCCUGGAGGACAUGAUCACGGGCAACCAGGGGGCCUGCAUGCCUGCCAGCUAUGACGAGACGGCUCUCUGCUCCAGCACUUUCAGGGUCCUGAAGAGCAUGGUGGUGGGCUGGGUGAAGGAAAUCACGCAGUACCACAACGUCUACGCCGACAACCAGGUGAUGCACUUCUACCGGUGGCUGCGGUCCCCGUCCUCCCUGCUCCACGACCCUGCCCUGCAUCGCACCCUGUACAGCAUGAUGAAGAAGCUCUUCCUGCAGCUCAUCGCUGAGUUCAAGCGGCUGGGGUCGUCCAUCGUCUAUGCUAACUUCAACCGCAUCAUCCUCUGCACGAAGAAGCGCCGCAUCGAGGACGCCCUGGCCUACGUGGAGUACAUCACCAACAGCAUCCAUUCCAAGGAGCUCUUCCGCUCCCUGACCCUUUCCUUCUCUCGGUGCUGGGACUUUCUUCUCUGGAUGGACCCGUCUAACUACGGGGGAGUCAAAGGGAAAGUCCCCUCGAGUGUUCAUCGUGGGCAGCAGCGAGCAUCUCCAGGAGGGGAGGACGAGGAGGAGGAGGAGGAGGACGCCGCCGACGAGGUGGAAGAGAGCUUAGAGGAAGCCAGAGUGGAGGACUUACUAGAAAACAAGUGGAACAUUUUACAGUACCUGCCUCAGGCGGCCUCCUGCCAAAGCUACUUCCUCAUGAUCGUCUCAGCCUACAUCGUGGCUGUGUACCACAGCAUGAAGGAGGAGCUGCGGCGCAGUGCCCCGGGGAGCACCCCUGUGAAGAGGAGAGGGGCCAGCCAGUUCUCCCAGGAGACAGAGGCCACGGCCGGGUCUCUGCCUGGAAUGAUCACCUUCUCUCAGGACUACGUGGCAAAUGAGCUCACCCAGAACUUCUUCACCAUCACGCAGAAGAUUCAGAAGAAAGUUACGGGCUCACGGAACUCGACGGAGCCCUCAGAGAUGUUCCCGCAGCUCCCAGGUUCUCACCUGGUGCUCAACAACCCGGCCCUGGAGUUCACCAAGUACGUGUGCAAGGUGCUGUCCCUGGACACGAACAUCACGAACCAGGUCAACAAGCUGCGCCGGGACCUGAUGCGCCUGGUGGGUGUCGGGGAGUUUUCGCCAGAGGCACAGUUCCAAGACCCUUGCCGCUCCUACGUGCUCCCAGAGGUCAUCUGCCACAGCUGCAACUUCUGCCGGGACCUGGACCUGUGCAAAGACUCUGCCUUCUCCCAGGACGGGGCGAUCCUCCCUCGGUGGCUCUGCCCCAACUGUGAGGAGCCCUAUGACCCCACGGUCAUCGAGGCCGCCCUGGUGGAAGCGCUGCAGAAAAAGCUGAUGGCCUUCAUGCAGCAAGACCUGGUCUGCCUGAAGUGCGGCGCUGUGAAGGACACCCACAUGCCCAUCCACUGCAGCUGUGCCGGCGACUUCGCCCUCACCAUCCACACCGCGGCCUUCUUAGAGCAGAUGGGAAUCUUCCGGAACAUCGCCCAGCACUACGGCAUGUCUUACCUCCUGGAGACUUUGGAGUGGGCACUGCGGAAGACCCCUCCCCCAUGCUGCUAGCCAAUGCCACAUGGUCUCAGUGGGCACCCAGGCACGUUGGCUUUCAGGGGUAUCUAGGGACCCCACUCCCGCAGAGCAACCUGAGCAAGAGCAGCCUGUCUUUCUCAGAGGGGUGAGGGUAGGCUGGGGCCCGGGGGCAGUUGCCUCUGCAGGAGGUUUUUAUCAGUGAAGAGAAUGUCACGGUGGUCCUGGGGCAGGUGCCUCCUCACUGAAUAGAUAAUUGUAACGUU